AUCACUCCAGUGCAGUUCCGAGUGCUGGAGGGAGAAGAAAGUUUGUCGUGAGCUAAAGAGGAAAAGUAGCUACAUUUUUCUGUAAGUGCUGCUCAACAAACAAAUUUUAACUCCAAAAAAAAAGAAUUGCUUGAAGAAAGGAAAAAAUGACGUCUAUGUACAGCAGCCUUCAUGACAACUACGUUUCAAACAAAGGGAGGUCGACCAGCUGUGUAACGUUAGCCGUGAUUUUGGGCUGUCUCACCGUGCUGGGGAUUUUGCUUGCCAUCGCUGUGUUGGAGAGACCGCCAGAACCAAAGAAGCAUGAGACGCUUCCACAGGCCACUAAUGACGGCAAUUACACUACGGACCAGUGCAGUAUGUCCCUCGUGGAGAGCAUUCCUCAAUUCAUGAAAUUUGACGCCAAUACAACCCUUGGGAUUCCACUGGAGCAGGUCUGGAAACACCUCAUCUCCCUGGCAACCGAACAGGUGGACGUGGUCUCCUUUUACUGGACGUUAACUGGGGAAGACAUCAACGUUAACUCUUCCUCUGAUGCGCCUGGGAGGGAGAUCCUGAGAGAACUGGGAGAGCUGCCCUCCAGGAACGUAUCUGUCCGGUUGGUGACCAGCGUCCCCUCCAUCAGGACAAACUCAACUGAUUUGAAGGUCUUAAAAGAAAAAGGAGUUCAGGUGAGGCAGGUGGAUUUUGGCCGGCUGGCGGCAGGCGUCCUCCACAGCAAGUUCUGGGUCGUUGAUAAAAGACAUGUGUUAAUUGGAAGUGCCAACAUGGACUGGAGGUCUAUAAACGAGGUGAAGGAGCUGGGAGUGGUGGUGUACAACUGUUCCAGUCUAGCGAAGGACCUCAAUAAGAUCUUCCUGUCCUACUGGGUGAUGGGACAACCCAACAGCACCCUGCCGAAGCCCUGGCCUGCACAGUACGACACGGCCUUCAACCAACACCACCCCCUGCUGGUGAAGGAGGAUAACGUCUCCAGCCAUCUGUACAUCACAGGUUCUCCACCGUCCUUCUGUCCUCCAUCGAGGACUCUGGACCUGGAGGCUAUUCUCUCCAUCAUCGCAGAGGCUCAGCACUUUGUUGACAUAGCCGUGAUGGAGUACUUCCCCACCACGCGCUUUGACAAGCCUAACAAGUACUGGCCGGUCUUAGACGACGCCAUCAGGACGGCCGCAUUCGAGAAGAAGGUCAGGAUCCGGAUGCUGAUCAGCUGCGGGCGGGACUCUGAUCCGGCCAUGCUGCCCUUUCUUCAGUCUCUGGCCUCAAUGGAUUAUCCCCGCCACCAUAUCAGCAUCCAAAUAAAACUGUACAUUGUUCCCGUGGGAAACCAGUCGGAUAUUCCAUACAGCAGAGUCAACCACAACAAAUUCAUGGUGACUGAUAAAGUAGCCUACGUUGGUACCUCCAACUGGUCGGGGGACUACUUUGAGACCACAGCUGGAGUGGGUCUGGUGAUCUCCCAGCGUGCUCCCCACUCUGUGUGGAAGACCGAGGCCCUGCAGAGCCAGCUCAAGGCCGUCUUCGACCGAGACUGGAACUCAGAGUUUGCCGUCUUCCUCCACGAUCUGGGGCACCACGCGGACUGUGCUCUAUCCAAGAGCAACUGGACUGACUGACAUUAUACCGGCUGUAUCAUGCAUCGUUGUUUGAUUUUAUAAAUACGCUUCUAAAUACAUGAAAUGUUUAUUAAAUGAACAGUGUUAUAGAGACAUAGUGUACGCAGUGUUCAACAGGUUUUUGAAUACACGAUGACUGAAUACUGAAUAUAUAAAGAAGAAUGAUUAAAUGUUCAAUAAAUGUGUAUGUACUUUAUAAUAA